AUGUCCACCAUGGCGACACAAUCUUACCCAGAGGGUAGAGUCCUCAUCAUUAUGACAGGAGGUACCAUUUGUAUGAAAUCUUCACCGGAAGGCUUGGUUCCAGCAAGAGGGUUCCUCAAAGAAGGAAUGGCUACUAGACCGUCAUUCAACGACGGCUCAAAUCCAGAUCCUAUGCCAGUUAUGACCACAAACACUACAGAAGAAUAUUUACCCAGUUUACGUACUCCUCCGAGCACGUAUUCUCGACAUGUUCGUUAUACCUUGUACGAAUUUCCUGUCUUGCUAGAUUCCUCAUCAAUAUCUUCAAAUGGUUGGACACAAAUUGCUACCACGAUUGAAAGAAAUUAUCAUUUAUUUGAUGGCUUCGUUGUUCUUCAUGGUACAGAUAGUUUGGCAUACACGAGUUCAGCUUUAUCUUUUAUGUUGUCACAUCUUGGAAAACCUGUUAUUCUUACGGGAUCUCAAGCUUCAAUCUUUGCUCUUCAAUCUGAUGCCGUGGAUAACCUUCUUGGAUCAUUAAUCAUAGCCGGAACUUUCAUGAUUCCGGAAGUAUGUCUUUUCUUUCAUCACAAUUUAUUCCGCGGAAAUCGCACUACCAAAGUUUCGGCUACCUCCUUUGAUGCUUUUGCUUCACCAAAUUGUGAACCAUUAGCAAAGGUGACUGCUUUAGGAGCAACAGUCAAUUGGAAUCUGGUUCGUCGCCCACGAUCGAUUGCUAAAUUCGGAGUACAAUUAAAUCUUGAUACUUCCCACGUAGCAUGCCUUCGUAUCUUCCCUGGUAUCAAACCAGAAAUGAUCGAUGCCGUCCUUCGUAUUCCAAACCUCCGUGGCCUUAUUCUCGAAACUUUCGGAGCCGGUAACGCACCCAGUGGAGAUGAUGGAAGCAUGAUCAAAAUCAUGAAAGAGGCAUGUGAGAGAGGUGUAAUCAUAGUCAACGUAUCACAAUGCCACUCCGGUUCCGUCUCCCCGCUGUACGCACCAGCCACCAUUUUGGGCAGAGCAGGUGUAGUUUUCGGUCACGACUUAACAACUGAAGCUGCCCUCACUAAACUUUCAUUUCUCCUCGCUCUUCCUGAUCUUUCAUACGACGAUGUCACCAUGCAAAUGCAAUGUUCCAUUCGAGGAGAAAUGACCGAGGAAGGUAGCACAGCCUUUUCACAUCCACCAACCGAAGUCGCAGUUACAGCUCAACAACACGCGUUUACGGGAUUAGGAUACGCCAUUGAAAAAGGUGACACGAAUGCCAUCAUCAAUAUCCUCGACCAUGAUCGAGCUGGUCUUCUUCAAACAACCGAUUACGUAGGAAAUACCGCUUUACAUUUAGGGGCUGUAGGUCCUUCAGUAGACCUUUUAAGAGAAUUACUCAAGCGUGGUGCAAGCGUACAUGCCCGUAAUAAAGCGGGGAAUACCCCGUUGUUUUUGGCGAGAAAGGCGGGAGAGAAACAGAGGGAACAUGUGAGGGUUUUGGAAGAGGCGGGGGGUCAUUUGUGGGUUGAGGAGAGGAGGAGGUUGUAG